UUAAUACACACCGAAAUAAUUUACAGAAUUUAUUCAAAAUUUUCCCUCUUGUCGUUUUUCCUUGUCCGCCGUAUUGAAUCAGCAAUUUUAUAUUUUCAUGAUGAACAACUAGAGAAAAGGUUUUUAAUUACAAUUGUUUGUUCAAAAUACUUAAACUCUGGUGUCUUGUUUAUUUUCAAUCCAAUUCCGAUGUUCUUGGGCCCAUUCGUCCUUGAGGCCUCGAUGUAUAAAAUUAAGAAAACCGAUAUUCUCAGACUCAAUCCCGAAGCUGAAAACAAUUCGUCCCAGUUAAGAAGAUCAAAGCGGAGCGUUUUGAACCUCUACUACGUGCUAUCUUGUGCAACCGGGUGUGACCCCUUUGAUUACUACGGAUACGGAUGUUACUGCGGUUAUUCAGGAUCAGGAUAUCCCGUAGACGGUAUUGACAGGUGUUGUAUGGAUCACGAUUGGUGCUACGAUGCAGUCGACUACUGGCCAUGGUGGUUGAUAUACCUCGUUCAUUACCGCUGGAAAUGCCAUAACGGCUAUCUACCGAUAUGCGAUUACAAGCGGGGGUGGGGCCAAAGUUUGUGCGAAUGCGAUCGUGAGUUGGCAAGAUGUCUGAGUUGGUAUCCUUGCCCAACUACCCAACGUAGGUGCCCGUCUUAAGCCUAGAGGCUGGUGCAAAAUUUAUUUAUGGUUAUGUAAAGUUGAACUACAGAUAUAGAAUUUAACGAACCUAUUUAAUUUAAGACUAUUUAAGACUAAUAAAACCUAAUCAAACCUAUACACAUACAUAUUAGGGGUGAUUUGGAAAAAAAAAUUUUUUUAUCCUUCCAAACAGGUUCGAAAGUUUCAUUUACGUAUACAAAGACACCAGUUAAAAUUUCAGAUUAUAAUAUUAAUAUUAAGGGGUGGCUCAUCGCACUUUUCGAUUUUCCAUAAGAAUAACAUAGGAAAAAUGUUGUUUGCUUCUUCUAGUAUGCUGUUAAACAAAGCGUGUGCUGGAUUAUAGCCAUAA